CCGUCUCUGCCCCUUGGAGCGGGUGAGCUGGGCUCUGUGGUCACACUGGGAGCAGAAGAGCUGAGCCACAGGGGACUGAUGCUUCCCAGGGGCUGGUUCCUGCUCCAAACUGUGAGUUGGACCCUGUGCCUGGAGCAGCACUGGGAAAGCACCCGAGUGUUGCUGUAACCUGGAAUUGCACUGGGAAUAGUCAGGAGCAGGCAGGCAGGGGAGAGCUGGGCUGUGCCUGACACUCUUCCUUGGCAGCGGGUGAAAUUCCUGGGGUUCUCCUCACUGUGUCCCCCCUCCUGGCCUUGUACCAUGACUGUUCCUUGGGACAGAAAUGGGUUCCCUGCACUGAAUCAUCUCCUUUUAGAAUCAUCUCCUUUUAGCUGUCUUAAUUGAGUCUGUGCUGUGUCAUCUCUCCCUGCUCUUUAUUUAAUAGAGCGCAGGCAGCCAAGACAGAGCUGAAAUGAAGCUGCUCAGUCCUGCCUGGUGCUGAGGAGCAGGAGCUACAAUUUCUUCUCAGUUUUUGUGUGCUAUUUCCAGCAUAUCAUUGCCCCUGUUCCUGCCUCCCCUGUGAUGCCCAUCCCCAGAGCAGCAGGAAUUGUUACUGUUGUUACUGCUCUGGCUAGUGAUGCUGGCUGGAUGUCAGGCUGUUUUCAGCUCAGCUUUGCAGCCCCUUUUCUCAUGUUGGCUGGCACAUGGCAGGACUGCCCCGUGUUUAUCUGGCGUGACAUUUGGGAUCAGUCUCUGCAUGAGCUUCUGAGGCAGAUCUGGAACUGCAGGAUUAAUGGAGACGCAAUGAAAGCGUAGCCAGCCCCCUCCCGUGGGCAGGGACCGAUGCUGCCUCGCCCCGCCAGCCACCAUGGAGCUAGCUAAUACCAAAGAUUUCCAGUGGAAAACCCUCGCCCCGCUCCCGAGCCGCAGGGUCUACUCGACCUUGGUGGAAGCUGGCGGGCAGGUGUUUGCCAUCGGGGGCUGCGAUGACAACGGUGUCCCCAUGGAUUGCUUUGAGGUCUACUCCCCCGAGGCUGACCAGUGGACCUCGCUGCCCCCCAUGCCCACGGCCCGGGCCGGGGUGGCCGUGGCCACUUUGGGCAAGAGGAUCAUGGUGAUAGGAGGGGUCGGAGUGAAUCAGAUGCCGCUGAAGAUAGUGGAGAUGUACAACAUAGAUGAGGGCAAGUGGAAGAAGAGGAACUCGCUGAGAGAAGCAGCCAUGGGCAUCUCGGUGACGGCAAAAGACUAUAGAGUCUAUGCGGCUGGUGGGAUGGGAUCUGACCUGAGGCCGCACAACUACCUGCAGCACUACGACAUGCUCAAGGACAUCUGGGUGUCGCUGGCGGCCAUGCCCACACCCAGGUAUGCUGCCACAUCCUUCCUGCGAGGCACCAAGAUCUACGUGCUGGGUGGAAGGCAGUCCAAGUACGCUAUCAAUGCCUUUGAGGUCUUUGACACAGAGACCAGGUCGUGGACCAAGUUUCCCAACAUCCCCAACAAAAGGGCCUUCUCCAGCUUCGUGCCCACAGAAGACAAACUCUUCAGUCUCGGGGGCCUGCGGCAGGGACGGCUCUACCGGCAGCCCAAGUUCAUGAGGACCGUGGACAUGUUUGAUAUGGAACAAGGUGGCUGGAUGAAGAUGGAGCGCUCCUUCUACCUGAAGAAAAGGCGAGCAGACUUUGUGGCUGGCUACCUGAAAGGCAGAGUUGUCGUGGCUGGGGGGCUAGGAAACCAGCCGACCGUCCUGGAGUCCGCAGAGGCCUUCCACCCCGAGAAGAACAAGUGGGAGAGCUUGCCCCCCAUGCCCACCCCACGCUGUGCCUGCUCCAGCAUCGUGAUCCGCAACUGCCUGCUGGCUGUCGGGGGGGUGAGCCAGGGCCUGAGCAGUGCCGUGGAGGCCCUGUGCCUCUCCGAUUCCUAGCUGGCUCCUGCCUGGUGGAGGACCUUGCCCCUCGCUGCCUCCAGCAGUGGUGGUGGUGCUGGUGGUGGUGGUGCUGGGCAGCUCUCAGCAGUGCUGAGGCUGGGUGAGCACCAUCCGAGCUGGCCUGGGAGCCUGGCAGCUCAGCUCUGCCUGCCCGUAGCUAAACCCAGCCUUGCUCUGGAGCCAUGGCUGGCAGGAGCCCGCAGCCAGGGCUGCUCUCCCUCUUCCUCCUGGGUGCUGCCGUUCCAGGCCAGGAUCCCCCUCCCAGUUGUCUUCAGAGCUCUACGGGGAAACCCAGAUGAAGGAACUGCUCGCAGCGCUGGUGUGUCAUGCCUCUUGCCAGCAGGAAGGACUCUGGAGAUCAGGGCAUUGGCAAGUGUCUCCCUGCGGCCAUCCUGACCCACUACCGAAGGCGACGGGUUUGAAGGUGUUAGGAGUGUCCAGACAGGUCAGUGGUGGUUCAGGGAAAACUGUUGUGAUGUUGCCCUCUUCGAGCAUCGUGGCAUCUACGUGUGCUUCCCUGCACAGAUCCCCUUGGCUUGCAACACAGGGAAAACUCCUAACCUGCAGCCAGAACCAGGGGAUCGUUCUUUUGCCUUCAUAGCAAGGCUUUUCCUGCAAACCUGUAGCAUUUGACUGUCACUUUGCCAGGAGCUGGAGCGAGGGGCUGCCAAUGCUCCUGGGAGGGAUGAAUGCCCAAGGGACUGUUUUGGCUGGAGGGAAGACCUUAUGUUUGGCACAGGACUAGCACAGAUACUGCCUUUGCUGGGUUUCACGCAGAGAUGGCCUCAACCUACAAUAUUCAAACCCCGUUCUUAGCUCCUUUAAUGAUUUGGGAUCUUCUGUUCAGCCCAGGGAGAAAGGACCAAAACUGAGCCUUGCCUCUGGUUCUGGAGCACUCUCACCCCAGGGCCGGGCAGUGGCCUUGGUGAUGGCUUUGUUGGCCAUCGCCUCCUCUUCGGUUUUGUUCUUCCCAGGCAGUUUGCGGGAGGGCUGUCCAAACCGUCGGGUUACAAUUCUAGCUUGUAGCAGUCGCACCAUUAAAAGCUGUCUUCAGAAAAACCCUCGGAGAAGGCUGGCUGUG